UUUGCCAGGGGGUUUACUAACCAAAAAAAAUAUAAUUUGAAAGAUUUCGUUCCAUAAGUUUAUAAGCAGGGGUCAAUUUUUUAAUUGCAAAUUUCAAAGAUUUCGUUCAAUCGUUUAUCAAAAGCGAUUAAGAACGCAUUGCCUCUGCAAUAUGGAAGGCGUGUUAUUCUUGGCCGAUACCUCGCGUUACAUAUGAUCCGAGGGACUACAGAAAAGCAGGGAAGGGAGCAGACCAGGAUUAUUCUGUUAUUUGGGUUGCCCUGAGUUCAUUUCACUCGUUUUUUAUAUCGUGUUUUCCGGUGUAGCCAAGCCUCCUCGAAAAUUUAUUAGGGUUUUAUAUUGGCUUCGGCUUUUAUAAACCUAGCGGUUUAUUUUACUCAUGAUGGCGACAUCUCUAAGAUAUAUUGUUAAGAGCUACUUUUUGGACGGUUUUAAAUAACAUUAAACAAUCAUCGUGGCUGAUUGAAUUUUGGUGAUAUGAAUGUGAGUAGGAACUUGUAUAGCAGGUUCCGAAUUGGAAAGUAUCAAGCUUGGAAAGUAGUUAAUAUAUAAUAACAAUGGCAUCCAACUCUGCAUUUGAUUCAGACUCAACAAGUGGAAGUCAUCUUGUUGGAAAUAGACCCUUUGGAAGUCAUGAUCCUACUUGGAAAUAUGGAAUGGUUGGAUCGGUAGAGAGGCCUACGGAACAAGUAGCCAUUGCACCUAAUUUGCCAAGAGAAUGUGAUGUGGAUAUGCAAGGCAUUAUGGGCUCUAGUUACCGUCCACAUUUAUGUAGCCCAUCCUCUUCAUCUAGAUUGAGUAGAGCUCGAGAAGCACAAUCUUCAUUGGAAGCUUCAGAGUGGAGCAAGGAGGUGUAUAAAAAAGCAGAUGAGGCAAUUGCAAAAUUUUUUAUUUAUUGCAACCUUCCAUUCAGUGCGACUAGGAGCCCAUAUUGGGAGGAUUUCGUGACAGCAGUGACAAGUGCAGGGGAAGGGUUCAAGGCCCCCUCUUCAAGAGAUUUAAGUGGCAGGAUGCUCCAAGAUGCUGUUGAAGAUGCAAAACAAGCUGUGGAAGAUCAAAAGAAGCAAUGGCAAAAGUUUGGAUGCACAAUUCUUUUAGAUUGGUGGAUAAAUGGAAGGAACCACACCCUUCUCAAUUUUCUAGUGGGUUCAAAUGAUGAGUUAGUUUUUUUGAAGUCAAUUGAUGCCUCUAGCAUAAUACAUAAUGCAGAAAAUUUGAGCUUGGUGUUGGAGGAGGUUGUUUUAGAGUUGGGUGUACAAAAUGUUGUCCAAGUUGUUACUAAAAAUGCAGCAGCAUAUGCGGUGGCUGGAAGAUUGCUUCAAGAGAGGCAUCCAACACUUUUUUGGACUCCUUGUGUAGGUCAUUGCCUUGACCUUCUUUUGGAGGAUAUAGGCAAAAUUGAUUGGGUGAGACCAAUCGUAGAAGAAGCAAGUGAUAUAAAAAAAUAUAUUUAUAAUCAUCUGUGGGUUUUUAACUCGAUGAAAGAUUACACCAAGGGGCUUGUGCGAUCGGGUGCUUCAAGGUCUGUGACUAAUUUUCUAACAGUGCAAAGUAUUUCUAGUCUAUUGACUCCUUUGAAGCAGAUGUUUGUGAGUCAAGCAUGGUUAGAAUCGCCUUAUUCAAAGAACGUUGAUGCAGAAAGGGUCGCAAGAAUAGUUUUUGAUGAUGUUUUUGCAAAUAGAGCUAUAGAGAUUCUCAAGGUAACAGAGCCACUUGUGAGGCUUUUGUGUUUGGUGGAUAUGGAGAAAAAUUCAAUGGGAUAUAUUUAUGAGGCCAUGCGUAGGGCCAAAGAGGCCAUCCAAAACUAUUUCAAGGAGGAUGCCAAUAGAUUUGCCCCUAUUUGGGAGAUCAUUGAUCAGAGGUGGAAUAAUCAACUCCCUCAACCCUUUCAUGCAGCGGGGGUACUACCUCAACCCCAAGUUUUUCUUCUCUGAAAGUUUCACAGAUGUUAAUGGAGAGGUUACGGAGGGCCUAGUCACAUGUAUUGAGAGGAUGGUACCUGAGGUUGAGGUGAGAGACCUCAUCAUUUCUGAGUUGCAGAGUUAUAAGCGAGCUAGGGGGAGGUUAUUUUCUUCACCAUUAGCUAUACGAGGAAGAACCACCCAAAAACCAAGUUCAUGGUGGGAAGAUUGGGGUGGAAAUACCCCAAAUCUGCAAAGGCUAGCCCUUAGAAUUUUGUCUCAACCUUGUAGUACUUCUAGCUGUGAGCACAAUUGGAGUUUGUUUGAUGCCAUUUACACGAAGAAACUUUAUAAGUUGACUCGACAACGCCUCAAUGAUCUAGCUUUUGUGAAAUACAACCUUCGGCUUCGCACAAGAAAAUUGGAGGACCAAUCAGAGCAACUUAUUGAUUUGGAUGAGAUCGAUCCCUACAAUGAUUGGACUGUGCAGGAUUAUGACUCCUUGUUUACAGAGGUUGAGGCUGAGGAGGACUCAUUACCAUCUAGCAGCAGGGUGGAGCCGCAGGCACAAUCUUCUAGGCCAAGCAGGGAGCCACAAUCAAGUGUGAGGAACAUACUAGAACGGGGAAAGAGGAAAUUGUAAAAACUUGUGAUUUAUGAUGAUGAUUUCCAAGACAAUCAUCAUAUAUUCAUAAUAGUUAUCAAUUAGUAGCUAACUAUUCUAUCCACUGUCCAGCUCCACAUGAUGAUACGAUUUUGUGAUCCAUAUGUAUUCAAGAAUCAAAUCUAAUAGAAAACUUCAUCAUGGUUUUUUUCA